AUGUCAGAAAAAGCUCCUGAAAACGUGAAGGGCCGUCUCAAAGAUGCGUACGAUGCCAUAGCAGAUACCUAUAAUUCUGUGUUCACCAAGCCUGACGACCCCGUCCGACUUCACUACCUCGACCUACUGCUUUCUCGUCUUAGGAAUCGAGCUGGAAAUACAGCCGCUGUACUUGAGGUCGGCUGUGGGUCUGGGGUGCCAGCUACGAAGCGCCUCCUCGACACUGAAAAGCCUGUGAUACACGUCACGGGUAACGACCUAUCUACAUCUUAG